AUGCUGGACUCGGGUGGCCCCCCUAGCGAGAGGUUCUUGAGCAUAAGCUCUCUUAACCCUUACGUACACCGCUGGCAAAUUAAGGCGCGAGUGGUGGACAAGAGCCCGUUGCAAACGACCAAGAACAACAGCAAAUUCUUUCAUGUUGACGUCACCGACUCUGCGGGCGAUCUCAUCCGCGCCAAGUUUUGGGGGGACGCUGCCGAGAAGUGGCAUGGGGCUCUCGAGAAAGGCAAAGUAUACUGCUUCUCCCGCGGCAGAGUCAACGUGGCUAACAAGCGCUUCUCAACUCUAAGCAACAACUAUGAACUUUCCUUUUCAACGGAGGCGGACAUCAAGCCGGCAGAGGACGACGGCUUGUGCUCAAUGCCUCUCCGGACCAUUUUCAACUCCACGCGAGAGUGUCCGUUUCCUACUGACGUUUUAGCCGUCGUCGUUGACGUUCAGCCGAUUUCUUCUGUCACCGCGAGGAGCAGCGGAGAGGAACUCAAACGCCGUGUGUUGAAGGUCCGGGACAAAUCCCAGAUGGAAAUGGAGAUAAGCCUGUGGGGCGAACAAGUUGACUGUAUAACGGAGACGACAGCCCUUCCGCAGGUCUAUGGACUCACGGCGCUCAACAUCCGAGACUGGCGAGGGGCCAGGAGCGCCAGCACAACAAAAUCGUCCCAGAUACUUAAGGCCGGCGCAGGUCUUCUUUCUGCGGAGGAAGAAACCAGUGCAGCAGAAAUGUUGCAGUGGUACAUCACCACGGGCAGCAGUCUUUCUUUCCUCAGUAUGUCCCGUGGGGGGCCGUUGGGUGAGGGAGCGCCCAGCGAGAGGAAGCCCGUGCAGGAAAUGGGCAUAAAAGAAAUCAAAGACAAAAAUGAACCUGGAAUCUACGCCUUUGUCGCUCAAGUUCGUCGUGUGUACUGGAAGCCGCGGCAGCAGCAGCAGCAACAGGGGCAGCAGCAGCAGGAUAUCUACACAUAUGCUGCCUGUCCCUCAUGGCAAUCCCUGCUAGGGUGUCCUGCAUCUGAAGUGCGGUGUUGGAACACGGAGAAGAAAGAGGAGUUCUUUGACUGGCAUUCCAUCCUCAAAAGCUUCUUCAGAGUUACGGUGAAGGCGGAGUUUGAUACGUAUAACGGAGAGCAACGCAUGCGUUAUACUGCGCUUCGGGUAGAUCCCCUGGACCAACACAGCUUCGCUGUGCUGCUGCACCAGCAGCUGAAAGCCGCAGUUCCGACGUUGACGGACUUCGCUGCAAGCAAGAAGGCAAAGCUCGAGGAGGGAGACACCGAACUACAGCCCGGCACGAAACGAUCUUUAGUUGAGGCCCACUGA